AAAUUUGUUUUUGGGUUCUUUUUUUUGUUUGUUUUUUUCUAAGAUGUCUCUCUUCUUUACACUUUUAAAUAAAAGAGCAUCUGUUUGUAACACACUGCUAUUUUAUUUUUUAUGCCUUUUUUUGUACUUGUAGCUGUUUUAUGGUGCGUUGUCCAAACCUUUAAAGAAAAAAAACUAUGAAUUUAACCUGUGUUUACAUGUAAGCUUAUGAACCUGUUACAAGUUAUUUCAAAUUCACACAUGUAGUUCACAUGAGAAAUGUUAAUAUAACAUGUUUUCUUGUCAAAACAAGUGAUAUCCACAUGUGAAGUUCAGGUAGUUUAUGUAAAAAUGCUUUUAAAAAGUGCAGCAUCUCAUUUUGGACUCAUUCAGUAAGUGUUGCUCAAAACAUCGCUUUCAAAAUAUAACAUCUAAGCAGAUAAUUUUCCAAAUAUUUUAAGUUUAUGCAAUGACACACACACACUGGGUCAGCUGUAGACCAUACUUCCAGAUUUCUCUAGACUUCUGUCCCCAAAACACACCGUGCAGAUCCACACAGGUCCACACACACACACCCAACUCUCCCCUGCGCUGUGGUACAGUCCUGGUGCAGCUCGUCUGGAUGCUGCUAGAACCUCCCUCUGUUGGGGAGGAGGAGGGGGUGAGAGCUGUGUUUGUUUGGCGAUUACAUCAGCGUGUCGUCAGGGCUGAGGGGAGGAAGGAGGGGGGGUCCGAGUCUCAGCAGGAAAUAGUGGGCAUCAUCAUCAGUCUGAGGUCUGGUCUCAGCUGUCAGUCCUCAGUUUUGACUCUAAGGAGCAGACGUUAAGAGAAGGAAACAGAUCUGAAAGCAGCCUGCAGGACAACAGAGGCAUCAUGACGCAGGGAAAGCUGUCACUUGCUAACAAAGCCACCAGUGACCCCAGCAGUGGACAGGCUUUUGUGGCUCCUGCUCCCCCUACAUAUGAAGAGGCCACUGCAGAUGCCAGUGCUCCUUGCUACAAUGACGUUGAGAUGCUCACAGAGUUCACCUGGGAUGACCACAACAUCAGGAGAGUCUUCAUUCGGAAGGUGUACACCAUCUUGAUGACCCAGCUUUUGGUGACAGUUGCCAUUGUGGCUCUUUUUACAUUCUGCGACCCUGUGAGAGACUACAUUCAAACUAACCCUGGGUGGUACUGGGCUUCAUAUGCUGUGUUCUUUGUCACCUACCUGAUUCUUUCUUGCUGCUCUGCACCGAGGAGACAGUUUCCAUGGAAUCUGAUUCUGCUUGCCAUCUUUACCUUGUCCCUUUCCUACAUGACAGGGAUGUUGUCCAGCUACUACAACACCAAGUCAGUGGUGAUGUGUCUGGGCAUCGCGGCAGCUGUCUGUCUCAUCGUCACAAUCUUCAGCUUCCAAACUAAGUUUGAUGUGACCUCCUGCCAAGGUGUACUAUUCAUCUUUUGCAUCGUUAUGUUCGUGUCUGGACUGGUGCUGGCUAUUGUCCUUCCUUUUCAAUAUGUCCCAUGGUUGGAUGCCAUAUACGCCAUCCUGGGAGCCAUUCUUUUUACAAUGUUUUUGGCAUUCGACACCCAGCUACUUAUGGGGAACAAGCGGUACACCAUGAGUCCCGAGGAAUAUGUCUUUGCCACUCUGAGCAUCUACCUUGAUAUUGUAUACAUCUUCUCUUUCUUCCUCCAAAUCUUCGGCACUAAACAAGAAUAAACCCCCGCAUCCCAACCUCCAAGGACUGCACCAUUGUGAUAGUUAUGGUGAAAUUCUUGUGAAUUUUGGUGUUUUAAAUGAUUGUGCUUCCAGUUACUGUAGCUUUUUUUUUAGGUCACAAUCACAUCCUGAACCUCUGAGCUGCACAAUGAUGCAGAAUUUUUCUCACCCAUUAUGUCUGAAACCUCCCUCCCCCCAUUCUGCAAGCAUGCCAGUGACCCCCCUACCCCAAACUAGUUAGAACCCAGUGUUUUGUGAUGUCUGUUCAGUGUGGAUGAAACAAUCUGGGUUUAUUGGUACCUAUGUGUCAUGAACCUCUUGCAAACAUUAGGGAAUAAUACUAAAUACAAAAUAAUAUGCUUGACUUUUAGCUGUAGCUAUGCUGAGUACAGUCUAUCUUUUGCUCUGGUGUUUUCAAGAAUUUCAAGAAAGGUGUUUCUUGUCUUUAAAGAGAUGGUGGAUGACGUGUUUUUCUGGGUUUUGAAUGACAAUCUUCUUCUUUAUAUGUAUAUAUUCAGUCUAAAGGACUGUACUGGUCAUAUUUGAUUUGACCAAUCCCAUUCAGUGUACGAUUUCCAGUUCUAACAAGGAUUUUUGAUUAGUUUGACCACAAAWUUUUUAUUUAUUGUAUCAGUUCUGCAUUGCUUGUAUGUAUUUAACAUUCCUGUUUGAAUCUAUAUCUUUGGAUUGAAGAUAUUUCAUGAAUUUCUUUCUGAAACAAUAGUUGGAUUGAGCCUUAUAGGUUUUCUUUUUUUAUUGAAGUGUGAGCAUUUGAAGUGGUAACAAAGACUAAACAUAACAGUGCCAAACAUGCAAAGAUUGACUGGAACAUUUGUCUGCUGGAAUAUUGUUAUUUAUUGACAAUAAAGUUUAUUUUUCUAUGACAGAAAGCUCUAUUUUAGAAAGAAUGCUUGAAAAUAGCUAGUCAGAUACUUGGAUUUAAAAGUAAGUUAUUUAUUGCCUUUAUUUUAUUGUAUUGGGUGCAAUACAUGGUUUUGAGAGGACAUUAUAUUUUCAUGUAAAAUUGGUGUUACUGUAUUAAUUUAUCAAAAAGUGUGAAUUAAUGGUCACCAGUUUUCUCUGAUUAAAUAAACUGAGCUUCAACAUCA